GCACGCACACACGCACACACACACGCGCGCGCGCGCGCGCGAGGUGACUCAUAGCUCCCGCCCCCUUUCCGUCCAGCCUUUUCUGGGCCGGCCGCUCGCACCACGUGCCUUCCCGGCCGCUCCCCCAGAAGGCGCCUGUUGCCGCUGCUGUAAAAUGUCGUGAGGGGCCGUCGCCGCUUUGCGGCUGCCUCUGAGAACCAGAGCCCGGGAGUGCCCACCGCAGUCAGCGUUUCCUCCAGCGGAGUCGUCCUGAGGGAGGGCGACAGCGCUCGGGCGCGCCACUGGCCUCUCCGCCGCGCCCGCGAGGGCUCCGGGCGAUGUGAACGCGAGGCGGCUGCUGCGCUCCCAGGCCCCGGGGGGGUUGGGGGUGGGGUGCUGAGGCGGGCGGCAGGUGCCUGGGAGGCCGCUUGGGUGGCCGGCAGGAUGGAGGAGAGCAUGGAGGACGAGGAGAUGCUCACCUACGAGGCGAUGAUGGACGACCAGAACCACAACAACUGGGAGGCCGCCGCAGACAACUUCCGGCAGCCGCCGCCGCCCUCCUCGUCCAUCCAGGAUCCUGGCCGAGAACCCCCGGGGGGCCAGCUGCUGACUGUGCCCGCCGGCUCCGUGGACAGGAAGGGCCCUAAGGAGGGGCUCCCGAUGGGGCCUCCGCCCUUGCUGGAGCCCAACGGGGUGAUCAUGAUGUUGAAGAGCUGCGACGGGGCCGCCGUGACCAAGGCGGCCCCCGCCCCCACCCCCAGCUCCACCAUCAACAUCAACACCUCCACUUCCAAGUUCCUAAUGAAUGUUAUAACAAUCGAAGAUUAUAAGAGCACAUACUGGCCAAAAUUAGAUGGUGCCAUAGAUCAACUUUUAACCCAGAGUCCUGGUGACUAUAUACCUAUAUCUUAUGAACAGAUUUACAGUUGUGUAUAUAAGUGUGUGUGCCAGCAGCACUCAGAACAGAUGUACAGUGAUCUGAUUAAAAAGAUAACCAGUCACUUAGAGCGAGUCUCCAAGGAGCUGCAGGCCAGCCCUCCAGACCUUUAUAUCGAAAGAUUUAAUAUAGCUCUGGGACAGUAUAUGGGAGCAUUGCAGAGCAUCGUGCCUCUUUUCAUAUAUAUGAAUAAGUUUUACAUAGAAACAAAGCUUAACAGAGACUUAAAAGAUGAUCUUAUAAAGCUGUUUACGGAACACGUUGCAGACAAGCACAUUUACAGCCUAAUGCCUUUACUUUUAGAAGCCCAGUCAACACCAUUUCAGGUUACACCUUCAACUAUGGCAAAUAUUGUGAAAGGCCUGUACACUCUCAGACCAGAAUGGGUUCAGAUGGCUCCGACUUUGUUUUCUAAGUUUAUUCCAAACAUUCUGCCUCCAGCUGUGGAAUCUGAACUUUCUGAAUAUGCCGCUCAAGAUCAGAAGCUUCAAAGAGAACUUAUACAGAAUGGUUUUACCAGAGGUGACCAGUCCCGGAAGAGAGCUGGGGACGAGUUGGCUUAUAACAGUCCGUCCGCUUGUGCAAGUUCCAGGGGAUAUAGAUAGUGACUGUUGAAAUACUUUCUCCCAGAGAGAAGACACUGGAGCUGCAGAAACUGUUCCAGGCACAGUGGGGCCUGCACCACUCAGGAGCUCUGUCAAAAGGCUGUUCUCAGAGAGGAUGGCACACUUCCUUGAUUUUUCAGUUUUCAAAAACAAGAACUAACAAAAACAGUUGCUGCUAGACUUGGGGGUGAUUUUGAAAUAGGACAAUCUUUUAAUGAGUUUAUCUACAGAGCAAGUAUCUUGGGGAGUGGCCAUUGCCAAGUGAAGCCCAACAUGCAAAUCAGCUUCCUCCAAAAACUUGUUCAUUUGUGGACUUGGCACAUGGUGUCUGUGUCUCAUGUCAAGGUAUCUUUGCUUAAAACCAAGCAGAUGUUAUAAUACAGUAUUUUCACCCAUGUCCCAAACAAUCUGUUUUAAAUUCAGAAUUGGUCUAUGUUUAACAUUAGUCUUACAGGAAGAAAAAUGCCAAUAACUGCUUUCACUAUAACUUUCCCCAUCAAUUCACAUUUUUAACUCUGUGCCUUGAGCUUUGUGCACUUUGCAACUGUGUGACCUUGUCAUCAGACUCACAAUGCUUCCUGGAGAAGUUGAUAUCUCAAGUUGGUCUACCAAGGCCUCUGGUGUGGCUUUGUAGCGGGACCUGAUUGAGAAAAUGACCAGGGGUCAGAGUUCACCCUCCUAUCCCAGUUCUCAUGAGGACCAACUCUUGACUGAGCGGUGUCCUUUCUGCCAUCGCCUCACCUGAUCUUACCGGCCUCUGUGGUAUGGGUGGAGUUCUGGUCCAGGGCCAUGAUACUGUAGAGAUUACUAAACAGUGGGAGCCGCUUCCUGGACCCCUCUAGGGAGAAAUAGUUAUUAAAGCCAAAUAAUGGUGAGUGGUUCUUGGUCCAUCACAUUCUAAUGGGUGCGUUUAGUAUUUGUAAGAGGUUGGCUGUGCCCUGCAUCUUGUAAACAUCAUGUGUGAUAUUUGAGAACAGCAGGGGAGAGUUUGCACUGGCGUCUGAAGGCUUCCUUCAGCUGUGAUAAAGCUGUAUUUUCUGUUUCACUACAUCAACAGUGCUCUUUAGGUCUUCACAAAAGUCUGAAGCAUGCUCCAGCUAUUUUUCAGUGGUAAACAAGAAUCAACAUGGUGAGGGAAAAAUAUUCUCAAUUUUGCUUGAACAUCAAGUGAGCAUUGACUUUGUGCUACCAGGCUUUAGCCAACAGUGAUUCUGACCCUUCCCUUCAGAGAAUUGCCCCCCACUCCCAUCCCCAUCCCUACCCCCAGCUACUACUGCGAACUCAGUGGGUUGAUGAAGAGUCAGAAAUGGGACAGUGGGGGCAAGAAUGUUGCCCAGUAGCAGCAGUCCUGGAUUUGUAAAUGAUGGUCUAGUUCUUUCUGAUACUUCUCUGCAUUUGGUAGAGUUUAUGGGGGCUUUAAUUGGCUUAAAUUUUAUUUGGGUUACCUUGAAGAACCCUGCGUGAGGACAGGCAGGCUCUAAUUAUGGCCUGUACAGUUUUUCUGCUCUAAUGUCAAGGGUAAUUUUCAUUUUAUCAAGAAUCCCAAAGUUUGUUUUUCUGUUGGAGUGUUUGCUACAAGGUUGUAAAUACCAUUUGUAACUGGUUUCUUCUAGAUGGCUUUAAUAUUUUUGACAGUAGUAAAGUUGAGCAUUUCUUGAGACAUAGGUAAGUGGCUCAGUGUCUAAUUUUUACCCUCUCUCCUUUCCUGGAAGAGAGCAUUUUUUUCCUCCAACAGAACUUUCCCUAUAAAAGCUUUACACAAAUGGGCAUUAAAGUGGGUGCUUCUGCAUUAUUAAGUUGAUGGAGAAAUAGUCAUACUCAUUCUGUGUUAGCACAAAAUAGGCAGAGGAAAGCCUGUGAAAUUCUCUGAGUUAGAGCUGGGUACACAUGCUGAUCUUGAAAGUCUGGGGAGAGUGUGUGUGUGAUCCCUACAGUUUGUAAACCUUAAUGAAGGUGAAAUUGACAGAAUCCUUAGUCCUCAACUAUGAGAAAAUAAAAUCUGCUCUUUCCCACUUAGAAUUUGAGGAAAAAUAUUUUUUUUUCAUGUAUGCUUGUGUUCUUGCCAGUCCAAUGUGCAGUUUUUCUACCCCUGUUUAAGACUCCUUUCUUAGUCAGAUCCUCAAAGGCCAGAUGGUUUGGAUCAGCUAGCCAGUGCAAUGGAGUCGAUUUGGCUAAACUGGCAAGUAUAUAGGUUUGCCUACAAGUAGGCCUUUAAAGAGAGCCACAAUUUGUUCUUUACUGAGACUUGUGGAAAAGUCUUUUCUUCUGGUUCCGAUUGGAAGUUGGUUUGUGUGUGGGUGAGAGUGCAGAUGAAUGGGUGCCCUUGGUCAUGACACUGCAUAUAUGUCUCCAGUGCUCAGACCCGUGUAACUGCUGCCUGCCCCCCUUGUUUGCUUUCUGUCAGGUUGCAAAUUUGCACACACGAAAUGAUUCCUCAGGAACAGUUUGCACACUCCUCUCUUCGAUGUACUCUGUAUAGACCAAACAGCAUCAACGGUUAUAGUACAAGAGGCUUCAUAUGUAUACCUGCUAGCACAGGCCGUGGUGAGCUUGCAAACAGUACUGUUUCUGCAGGUAAUGGGAAGAGUUAAGUGACCUCCUGAUUCUCCCUGUAAAUAACCUUCCAGAUUGUGCUGUCUUAUUGAGGCUGUGUUUGUUUGUUUUUUCUCCCUUCUCUCUCACAGCAGUUAAUUAUUUCCAUGGUUAGUAUGCAAGAAUUGCCCUUGAGCUAAGAUUCAGUUGUUUAUUAAGCAGCCAAUACUAAACUAAGCAUUAUUCUUUGAAUAUAUGUUCAUAGAAUAUACUAAUUUGAGAUAAUUAAGAAGCAACUAAAAAGCAAACAAAAAUCCUGCAUUUAGCUAUCCAGCUGUUAGUGUUUAGAGGUUUGUUUGUUUGUUUGCUAUUUGUUUUUAUGGUGUGUCCCUCGAGCUUUUAGCUUGGAUUAUUUGCUUUUAUCCAAGUGUAGGUCUCUUAAGGGGACAUUAAAAUUGGAAUGUGACACUGUUAACUGACACCUGACACAAGUCUAGAGGCUCUUUUCUUUUGUGAUUACUGCUUUCAGUAAGACUGCAAAGUGAGGUUCAUUUUUACCAGAAGUUGCAGGGGUUCAUAAAGAAAUGGCUCUUGUGCUUUAACUACGCAUAGAAGUCUGCCUUGGUUCCGACCCCCAGAAUAUUUGGAAGGAGGUACCUGUUCUUUCCUGAAGGAAAUGCCUCCUCUCUGGUCCCCCUGCUGCUCACCUGCUGUCACUGCCUCCUUCCUGCACUCCCUAGACCUUAACUUGAACCUCUUUCCAGGGCCAGUGGGGAGGAGGUUUGCCACCUCUCUUCAUCUUAGGCUUGAUUCAUUGUGAGGAGAGUGCUGAUGGAUUACACACCUCUGGGAAAUCAGUGUGACUCUGGGGUUAAGAGUGCAGUGGUUUGGAAAAAAAAAUAGCGUGUAUUGGGUCUUAUGUGUCAUUUAAAUAUUGUGGCUGUACUAAAUGCAGUAAGACUGGAUGUUUUCCUGGAUGUGUUUGGUUGAAUGGUUGACAAUGCCCAUGGCUCUUUUAGUCUUAUUUGUCAAUGUUACAACUGUGCAAUUGUGGAGAAAUUAUUUAUGUCAAGUCCUGAGGAACUGUGACUCAAACAAAUGCUUAUACAAAAUUUGGAGAUCACAUGCAGGCAACAAGCUUUGCCACCCACCAGCAUAGCAGAGUGAAUGAAGCAUUGCUGUCUAGUGUCCUGACCAUUUUUCAUAAGGCAUGGCAAAUCUGGUACUACCCUUUGCCACUCAUUCACACAACACAACUAAAGCGCUUCCUGAGCUGGGGCACAAAGCUGCUGGCCUGGGCUCUCCUUAUAAACAUUUGGUGGAUUUUUUGAAUCACUCCUCUGUAAUAGAUGUAUAUUCUCACUCUAAAACAUUGUGGUUAAUGAGAAAUAAAUCUUGUACAAAUGUCCUUAAA